AUGAAGGAAUCAGAAACCAUUAAAGAGUAUUCUGACAAACUUCUAAGCAUUUCCAAUAAGGUAAGACUGCUUGGGUCUGAUCUACACGACUCGAGGAUUGUUGAAAAAAUCCUAGUAAUGGUGCCUGAAAAGUUUGAGACAACUAUUACGACCUUGGAGAACACCAAGGAUCUGUCCAAGAUUACUUUAGUAGAGCUCUUAAAUGCUUUACAACUGCAAGAGCAAAGAAGUGUCAUGAGGCAAGAAGGUGCUGUUGAAGGAGCACUGCCAAUAAAGCAUCAAGAAGGAGGGAAAAUGAGAAAGAAGAAGAACAAGAGGAAUUUUGUUGCAAAUGGUGAUGCUACAGCAAAUAGCAACAAGAACAAGACUGAAGGGUGA